AUGACUGCCACUUCCAGGAAAAACCGCGCUGGUUUCGAGACGACUAGCCGCCUGCUGGCUCAAGUUGUGAACGAGGGGCUGGCAGCCGCGACGGUAAAAACUUCAGGGAACAUGCACCAGGAAUAUCUCAUCUUGACUCGCCAUCAAGAGAGCUUCGAGAACCCUGAACGCUGGGUCAAGGUUGGGCUGCUGCCGGAUACCCACUAUGAGCUCAGAGACGGCCAAGUGAUCUCUCUCGUACGACCGGGAAACAUGAAACCGUUGAUAAGUAUCGGAACGUUUUCUAUGGAAACCGAAGUGCUGGAACCGGAGGUAAUCUUCGAGCACAUGCGUCCCUGGCUCUUGAAUGUGGCAGAUGAAUCUCUGCUCCAGGAGAUUGGGAGAGAGCUGAAAAAUUCCAGUGAUAACCAAGAGAAAUGGCUCGAAAUUAGUGAGUGCAUGGAAAGAGCCAACUUCGAUUCGUCCUCGAUAGAAUGGGAGAGAGCCAUGGUCUUUGGCCAUCCCAGUCAUCCGUAUCACCGCCUCUGUUACGCACAGGUUCCAUUAAAACCUCACAGUCCCAACGAUCUCCCUGGGAUGUUGACACCAUCUAUCGCCUUUGUAUCCGUUCUUCGCAUCGACAUGCAUCCCUCUGGUCUAUUCGAAGAGACCCUGGCCCCUCUUCUUAGGACAUUAGACAUACCUAACCUGAGUGAUGAUCGAUUGGUUGUUCCCUGUCUCGUUCAACAACUCCCGGCCAUUCAAACAUACUUUCCCAGCGCCGUGGUAGUCAAAACCAUUGAGGAAUGCGCAGACGCGCAGACAUCCAUGCGUACCUUGACUAUCCGACCGGAGCUAGGGUUCCCGUACCACCUCAAGCUCUCGUUGGCUUGUAAUAUCACCUCUGCACUACGGACAAUUACCCCAUGGAGUACGAUGGGCGGUCCAGUGUUCAGCGAACUACUCGAGCGAUUCCUUCCUCCAGACAUGUGGGUAUUCCGAGAGAUUGGCUCCAUCACAGGCAAUCAGCCGGAUUUUAAUCAAGCCAAGCACCUUUCCUGUAUUCUCCGUGAUGAUCUAGAAAGAAAAGCCCAAGCAAAUGAUGAAACACUGGUCCUGGCUGCUGUAUUGGCACAACAUCCCCCAGAAAUUAAUACUUCUUACGCUGAGAUCUUGUAUAAUUUGGAAAAUCUCCAGAAAAAGAAGAAUUGGUUCCGAAAGUAUACCGCAUGCUUGUUCAAACUUACAAUCCCACCCUUGCUAGACUAUGGAAUUGCCCUUGAAGCGCAUGGCCAAAACCUCGUUGUGCGUAUCUGUCGCCAAACUGGGGACAUCAAGGGAUUUGCAGUGCGUGAUUUUGGUGGGAUCCGAUUACACGUUCCGACACUCCAAGAAUAUGGGGUGGGACUGGACGCAAUUCCCUCGGGUAGCGCUGUUCUAACCAAUAGUUUACAUAAUGCGUGGUCCAAGGUGCAUCACUCCAUGUUACAAAAUCAUAUCGGGUUUUUAUUGAGUGCUUUGGGACUCGAACAGCAGGGAGGAUGGACGAUUGUGCGGGAGGAACUGGCAAAUGUUCUCAACCCCGAUGAAAACACACGGGGACGGAAACUCUACGAUUUCUUUGUGGCAGAUACCAUGCCCUUCAAGUGCUUCUUGAUGAUGCGAAUGGAGGGAAAGUACCGUGAUUAUGUGGAAAGAGAGCUGCCAAAUCUUAUGGCUAUGAAUUCUCCCCGCUGGAAGGACAUUCUUCAAACCUAUCAGCCACGAUUACAUCGUACAUAG